AAGAGGACAACAACUUCUCUUCUUUGUUUUAAAUAUGGGGAAAAUGGCCUCUCUAGUUGCCACUCUUUUAGUUGUUUUGGUGUCACUUUGCUUAGCUUCCGAAAGCUCAGCAAAUUAUCAAUACUCAUCUCCCCCACCACCAAAUAAGUCAUACCACCCUUCACCAACACCUUAUCAUCCCGCACCAGUUUACAAAUCACCACCACCACCAACUCCAGUUUACAAGUCACCACCACCACCCAAGAAGCCAUACUACCCUCCACACACCCCAGUCUACAAGUCGCCACCUCCCCCGACUCCAGUUUACAAGUCUCCACCACCACCAGUGAAGCCAUAUCAUCCUGCACCAGUAUACAAGUCUCCACCACCACCGGUGAAACCAUACCAUCCUGCUCCGGUUUACAAGUUUCCACCACCACCAACUCCUGUUUACAAGUCACCACCACCACCGGUGAAGCCAUACCAUCCUUCACCAACACCAUACCAUCCUGCACCAAUUUAUAAGUCUCCACCACCACCAACUCCUGUUUACAAGUCACCACCACCACCGGUGAAGCCAUACCAUCCUUCACCAACACCAUACCAUCCUACACCAGUAUACAAGUCUCCACCACCCCCAACCCCCGUUUACAAAUCACCACCACCACCAGUGAAGCCAUACCAUCCUUCACCAACACCAUACCAUCCUGCACCGGUAUACAAGUCUCCACCACCCCCAACCCCCGUUUACAAAUCACCACCACCACCAGUGAAGCCAUACCAUCCUUCACCAACACCAUACCAUCCUACACCAGUAUACAAGUCUCCACCACCACCAACUCCAGUAUACAAGUCUCCACCACCACCCCACUAUAUUUACUCCUCUCCCCCUCCUCCCCACCAUUACUAAGUGACUUCAUUAUAUCUGAGCAAAAGAAGAAUGUUGAGCUGAAAGAAAGGCAUUUUCCAUUUUGGAGAGGCAAUGAAAAAAGAAGAAAAGGAGAGUAAAUAAUAAGAGGCCCACAGGAGGCUAAGUUCUUUUGUAGCUUCAUGUUAUCUAAAAGUUAUAGUUGUAUUUUUAUGCCUUUUGUGCAUGUUUCCUCAGUUUCAAUCUGCUUUAAAAAUGCAGAGAUUAAUUAUGAGUUUGAAUAAAAUAAGUUAUUACUA